AGAAGAAGACAAUGUGAUGUCAUCACAGCGCGACAUUCAGCUGUUUACGCAGUUGAUUGUUUAGUGGAAUUUGUCGGAGUUUUGCUCUGCAGAGUUUGAUUUGAAUAAAGUUUUUAGAAACACGUGACGACCACCUGGACCCGACAUAGUCCCGGACCAGCAGCGAGCCGUCUGUGAGCCGUAUCAGUGUGUCCUUUUGUGGGGAUCUCUCCGUGUAUCGGACGGUGUUAGCAGCAGGCUAGCUGUUAGCUUCGUUAGCUCAGAGUUUCUGGGAUAAUCCGGGGUUUCCGUCAUGGAGUAUCCCGGAGGAGGGGGGGCGGUGCUCAGCAGCGGGACCGUCCCGGCCUUUCUCACCAAACUGUGGACCCUGGUGGAGGACCCGGACACGGACCCGCUGAUCUGCUGGAGCCCGAGUGGGUCCAGUUUCCAUGUGUUCGAUCAGGGUCGGUUCUCCAAAGAAGUUCUACCAAAGUUCUUCAAACACAACAACAUGGCCAGCUUCAUCAGACAGCUCAACAUGUACGGGUUCCGUAAGGUGGUUCACAUCGAGCAGGGCGGUUUGGUGAAACCUGAGAGAGAUGACACCGAGUUCCAACAUCCAUUCUUCAUCAGAGGACAAGAACACCUGCUGGAGAACAUUAAACGCAAAGUCACCACCGUGUCGUCAGUGCGUCAGGAGGAGGUGAAGGUGUCAUCACACGAGGUGAACAAGAUCCUGACUGACGUGCAGGUGAUGAAGGGAAGACAGGAAACCAUCGACUCCAGGAUCAUCGCCAUGAGACAUGAGAACGAGGCUUUGUGGAGAGAAGUUGCCAGCCUGAGACAGAAACACACUCACCAACAGAAGGUCGUCAACAAGUUGAUACAGUUCCUGGUGUCUCUCGUCCAGACUAACAGGAUUUUGGGGGUGAAGAGGAAAAUGCCUCUGAUGCUGAAUGACUCAAGCUCCGCCCACUCCAUGCCUAAAUACAGUCGGCCAUUGUCAUUGGAGCACAUGCAGGCAGCAGCCAGUUUGUUCUCAGCAACCUCCCCGGUGACUUCCGGACCAGUCAUAUCCGACAUCACAGACUUAGCCACGCCCACUGCACAGGAUGUGGUCAGUGAUUGGACAGAGGCAGGCAGAGAAAGCCAAUCAGGUGUCAAGCAGGAGCCGUCCAGCCCUGAUGAGGAGGUGGUUUCUGUGCUUGAGGGUGGAGCUACACAAGCAGACACACCCCUCUCCCCCACCACCUUCAUCAACUCCAUCCUACUGGAGAACGAGACACAGCCAACGCCCAGCAGCUCCUCCCCCACAACAGUCAGCCCCGUUAUUCUGCUGAGCCCUGUCUCCACUGGGCCAGUCCCACCGACAGCAGGCAGCCAAUCACCUUCUUCUACCCGAAGCUCAGACUCCACCCCUCGCAACACUAAAGCUCAACAAGAAUGUCAGACCAUCGCCUGUAUCGACAGGCCCUGCCCCCCUCCUUCUGCAGGUGGACAUUCACCUGAUGUUUGGCACUUCCUAUCAACAGGGUGUGAAUCAGUAACUCUAUAGAUCAUUUCAAGAAUCUGUCAAUUU